GUGCACUUGCCAAAGUAAUUGUUCAUUGCAUUUUGUGCAUUUGAUUAUGCAUAUUUUUAAUAUAUUGCACAGAACACUUUGUUAUUGAUUUAAGCUUCUUUUUUUUCAUAAAAUUGUGUUUGGUAAAAUCUAGAUUAAUGUGGAGGUUACUUUCGGCUUGUCCCUUUCGGGGUCGCCACAGCGUGUCAUCUCAGAUGAACGCACAUAUAUGUUUGGCACAAUUUUUACACCAGAUGCCCUUCUCAAACCCACAACCCCUGGUUUACCAAACCAGUGCUCUAACCACUGAGCUACGGGGCCUCAAAAUCUAGAUUAAUGUAAAUCCCAUUAAUUAUUCAAUGGACUAAAAUUCAUUUAAUAUUCAAUGAAAUUCUAUGGCUACAUGCUAAAUCAAUUUAAAUACACAUUUUUCUGCCACACUAGAUGCUGCAUUGCCAGUUAUAUCUCACUGUAUUUAUUUCUUUUGCAGCAUCGUGUAGUGACAGUACUGAAAUUUGGACAAACAGUUGGUGACUUUCAUCUAGUGGCAACUUUCAAAUCUUAAGGAAAUCUACUUUUUGCUUAGUUUUCGUAGGCAUACUUAAAGGGGAAUCCCGGUGGUUUGCAUUGACAAUAUAUCCAAUAGGUCAUUUAAUAUGUUCUCUAUCUUGACAGUGAAGUUAAAUCCUUUCUCAUUUAAUAGUGUUUUGAGAAGAUUCUCAUCAACAUUUGUGAAUUUUCAAGGGUCCUGCUAUUUUCACGAGUCACGUGACCUAUGUGCGCGGAUUUGACGUGAGCUCCAGGGCUUGGCGGGGAGGGAACUUACAGCUCCGCCGCUUGGCGGCAUUAUUUACAACCACAGGUUCAAAUCUGUAUGGAAGUAUUCCUCCGUCUUCCCGAUCAACCGAUACUGCUAUUUUUUCAUAAAAUGAGAAUAAAUCCGAGAAAUCAGCGCUGGGCAUAAUGGGGUCCCAUGUAAUCGAACGUUUGGAACGACACGUAACACGUCACAUCCGCGCACAUAAAGCAUGCUGACUGUUGCAAAAGGCGCAACACUUUCCUUGAGACUCUUCAGGCGUAUCUGUGACAAAGUGUCAGAUAAUUUACAUUCAUUGGAUCCUGCGGAAUUAAGGCUGCUCAUUAGAAAUGAAGAUUCCAGAAUAACCACGACAUCAGGAUUAGCCAAUGGAUACCAGCAGGCAAAUGUUGUCAUCUUGCCCAAACAUCUGGCCAAUGAUUUUGAAGUGUUUUGCCGCAGCAAUCCUGCACCUUUGCCACUCCUCUACUGCAGCCAACCAGGAGAGACUUCUUGCCCAAUUCUGGCAAAAGAUGCUGACAUCAGAACAGACAUCUCACAGUACCGAGUGUAUCAGGAUGGCGUUCUGGUAAAAAGUGUCUCCAGCCUGCAGAACUACAGUGAUUCACUUAGGACUGUAUCACAGAACCAGUUGGUGCCUUGUGUCGAGUGGUCAGACAUGGUUUGUUUCUAUCUGGGCUGCAGUUUUGGUUUUGAGGGCAGCCUGAAGAAAGCUGGAGUUGUCGUCAGGAAUGUGGAGCAAGGCAGAAAUGUCAGCAUGUACAAGACUGCUGUUCCAUGUAUUCGAGCUGGUGUUUUCAAUUCACCUCUCGUGGUGUCGAUGCGCCCAGUUCCAUAUCCCGUGCUGGAUGCAGCAGUCCAGGUCACUCACCUUAACCCACAAGCACAUGGAGCCCCAGUGCACAUUGGGGAUGCAGCUUUCCUUGGAAUACAGGACUUGUCCAAACCAGAUUAUGGGGAUCCAGUUGAUCUGCACCCUGGGGAUGUUCCAGUCUUUUGGGCCUGUGGAGUAACUGCCUUGGAAGCCGUCGUCAGCACCAAGCCAUAUUUGGCAUUCAGUCAUUCACCAGGCUGCAUGUUCUUGACUGAUCUGCAAGACUCCUUCCUUGGAUGCCAUACCUCUGACAGCAAGAAAUCUCAACCACCAAGCCUCACUCCAGACGUGAUCCCCCUCUGUGUCCAGAUAUCACAAAAUCCAUUGUUCUACAGUCUGGCAUCACAGACAGCUGUUGAAAAGAUCAGGCAGCUGGAUGUUAUCAUAGGAGAAGAUCCAGGUCUACGGGGUAUAAAAGCUUUGUUUAUUCAAGAUGAACUUCUACGCUCUUGCCUUGCACUCUCUCAUUCGUCCUCUGUUGCCAUAACAACAGGUUUCCCCACACACUACAUGUACAGUCCUCCUGAUGAGACUGAUGGCCCACCUGGCGCUAUUGCCAUGGCAACCAUGCUGCUUUCCCUUGGCAAGCAAGUUACAAUGGUGACAGACAGGAGAGCCUUAUCAAUGAAUCAGGCAAUCAUGGAUGAAGCUGUAAGGAAAGGUGUACUGAAAUCAAAAAUUCCACUGGUCAUCUUUGAAGAAAUUGAUUCUCACUCUGCACUUCAUUUUUUGUGUCACCAUGGAGACCCCACGAAGCCAAGGUAUGACCACUUGGUGGCAAUAGAGCGCAGUGGACGAGCUGAGGAUGGAAACUACUACAACAUGAGGGGCGUAAACAUCAAACAUCUGGUAGAUCCCAUUGAUGACCUAUAUCUUGCUGCAAAGAAUAUCCCAGGAAUUACCACUACAGGCAUUGGUGAUGGUGGAAAUGAGUUGGGGAUGGGUAAAGUGAAGGAAAAAGUCAAAAACCUGAUGCCAAAGGGGGAUCUCAUAGCAUGUGAUGUGCCUGCUGACUACGCCAUCACUGCAGGGGUUUCUAACUGGGGAGGUUACGCUGUAGCUUGUGGUCUUUACCUGCUCAACACCUGCCCCGCCCACCAGCGAUACCGAAAGAAAGGCCUGGGAUUUGAUCACCAAACUCCCACAGAGCUGCAAGACUGGACUGCUAAUCUGCCAUCUGUGGACAAGGAGGAGUCUAUCUUGUCAACUCUAGUGAAUUUUGGCAUUCGAAGUGGGAAAACUGCGCAUCUGGCCAUGGAGGUGGAUGGUUUGACCUUCCGUCCUACACAUUCUGAUAUCAUCACCAGACUACUAGAGGUUACUCUUGGCUCAGCCAAAUAGACAACUCAUGCUAAGAGUAGAAUCGUGGAGUUCGAGAGUGUGAAGACCUCCUAAGAUCUUAAGAGUCAGUCUCCUACUUAUAUCUAUUCUAUCAUUUAGAGUAUAGAGUAUUGUUCAGUGAGAAAUUUGAAAAAAUAUAUAGCCUAACUCAUGGCUGUUUUUCUUGUGUCAAAUUAUAAUCAGUAAAUUGGGCCUACAGGGAAAAUGUAAUAACACUUUUGCAAUCCAUAAUCUGAUUCAUGAAUGGAUAAACAUACAUUUUAGUUUGGGAUAGGCUAAAUGAAAUAAGUGAAUCUCUUGUUGUACACUGGAUAACCCUAACCUCAAUAAACCAUGUUAAAUGAAUACCCGUAUGAUGGUGUCAAUCAAAAC